CCCAAGUCAGAUUUGUCUCCACUCCAAGGAAAUAACACUGCACCUUUCGAAAGUCGAGUGAACGAAAGAAAAAGUGUUGGUUGCACUUUUUCUAACCGGACGUGUCCGCACAGUUUUACCCUUUAAUAGUGAGAGGAAGCAGGGGGUCAGGGUUGUCUUCACUGGAGGAGGUUACUGGCGUUACGAAGUUUUUAAGGCUUGUCCAUGUCAUGACGAGAACAAGUUUGAAUCCCUGGGAGAUCCUCUGAGCCCCCCCCCACCCCUCUUCUUCCAAUGUUUCAGUGGUUGGGGCCAUGGCCUCUCAGUCAGGCAACAUGAACCGUGAGGACCGGAAUGUGCUCCGAAUGAAAGAAAGAGAAAGGAGAAAUCAAGAAAUCCAACAGGGAGGAGGAGAGGCCUUUCCAGCAAAUUCCCCUCUCUUCCCCGAGCCGUACAAAGUGUCCAGCAAGGAAGAUAAACUGUCCAGCCGUAUUCAGAGCAUGCUGGGCAAUUACGACGAGAUGAAAGAGCCCAUCGGUGACACACUUCCAAAGCUUGGUGGCAAACCUUCGAACAGCUCGUCUUCCUCGGAGGACAAAUCGGGCCCACCGUUGUUCGGCGGGGACCAGCGCGGUAGCGGCGGCCAGACCAGUAAGUGGACUCCCGUCGGCCCCGCGGCGGGCGGAUCCUCGUCCCAGUCCCAGAAACGUUCAGGCGUCCAAGGCGGCCACAGCAGCCAGAGGACCAACGGAGGAGGUGGCGGCGGCGGCGGCGGCAGCAGCAACAGUAGCCAAAGAGGGGAGGUUCGGGAGAAGAAGUCGAGCAAACACAGCGGCGGGUCGGAGCACUCCAAGUCGCACACGGCGAGUCCGGCCAAAGGCUCCCUGAGCUCCUCCGGCGGCCACUCGCGGAGCAGCUUGUCCGCCGAGCAGCAGCACCACAACAACAAGGAGCGCUACCGCUCCAAGUCCCCGAGAGACAGGGAGGCCAACUGGGACUCGCCCUCGCGGGUGCACACCUCCUUCCCCAGCGGACAGCACUUGAGUCAGGCCUUCCCGCCGUCUCUCAUGCCCAAGCCCAGCUCCAUGCUGCAGAAGCCCACGGCCUACGUGCGGCCUAUGGACGGCCAGGAAACGGCGGAACCCAAGAGCUCGCAGGCGGAAAGCUACAGCGGGCAGUCGCACAGCAGCACCAUGGGAGAGAUGAAGUCCAACGGCAAGGCCCCACUCACAAAGCUUAAGAUCCCCUCACAGCCUGUAGAGGGAUCCGGUGAUCCCAACUGUGUCGAUGAAAUUCUCAAGGAAAUGACUCAGUCGUGGCCCCCUCCACUCACGGCCAUCCACACCCCCUGCAAAACGGAGCCCUCCAAGUUUCCAUUCCCCACUAAGGAGUCUCACUCUUUUCCAAGCGGACACAAGCGAGGCAGCUCAUCCAAGAACUCCAGCCACCAGCCCAAAGCUUGCGACGACCAGCCGACCGUGCUGGAAAAUGACCUGAAGCUGAGCAGCAGCGAGGACAGUGAUGGAGAACAGGACUCGGCUAAGAAUGCCUCAAGGAACACAUCUGCAAGCAAUAACAGUGAAGCAAAUGAACAGUCGAGGGACGACACCAGUAGCCACAGCGGCUCCGAGAGCAGCUCGGGUUCUGACAGCGAGAGCGAAAGCAGCACGACGGACAGCGAAGCCAACGAGCACCCGCGGCCUGCGUCUCCUGAACCCGAACAACCCAUGGCCAACAAGUGGCAGCUGGACAACUGGUUCAAGAAGACGAAGCAGUUCUCCCCGGCUUCUCCGGUGGACAACAACAAUGUUCCACCCAAGUGCAAGAAAGAGGGUCGAGAUAGCAGCUCAGGGCGUGGCUACGGUAGCCAGGGAGGGGGCUCGAAAGACUCGGCGACACCCACCCCAAACAGGGACCUGAGGGCAGCGCAAAAGGGUCCGGAGGGGGGCCGCGGACGGCAAAAAUCCCCCGCGCAAAGCGAGGGCGGAGCGAACCCGCGGAUCCGAGUGGGCAAAAAGCAGCCCAAAAAGUCCGAGAAGCCUCCUGUGGUGGAGGAACCGAAAGGAGGCCUGAGAGUGGAGAGCGAGCCCACCCCAGAAAUACCCCCCCACCGGCCGAAAGCCGCCACCAAGGGUUCCCGCAAACCGAGCAUCAAAAAAGAACUCAAAUCGUCCCCGAGGCCCAACGCGGCCGCCGCCCCCGCCGCCGCAGACAAACGCAAGACGAAGGCGUCCGCCAAGACGACGCAGAAGUCCCGCGAGUUCGUCACGGACUCGUCCACGUCGGACUCCGAGGGCAAUGACAGCAUCCCGUCCUCGUCGCAGACGCCCAAGUACACGGAGAGCAUCCGGACCCCCGUCGUGUUUUCUCCGAUGGAGGAGAAGGAGCUGCUGUCUCCGCUCAGCGACCCGGAGGAGCGCUACUCCGUGAAGCAGCCGCCGCAGCAGAUUUUACUGGUGAAGAUAGAUCUCACCUUGUUGUCCAGGAUCCCGGGGCGACCCUACAAGGAGCCCGCGGAGAUAAAAGUGGAACGGGACGACACUAUAGAACGGGACGGCAUCACCUUCAGCAAGCAGAGCUCUGAGAAGACGUCAAGCAAGGCCAAAAGGAAACACAAGAACGAUGAAGAAGGCACCAAGCUAGAGAGCAAGCGAUGCAAAGUCGAGGACAAGUCUCAAUCUCACCAUAAAAACGGCAGUAAAGAGUCCAAAAGGUCCGUGGACAAGAAGGAGGAGCCGAUCCCGUCUCCUUCCAUGUCCGGUCUCCGGCGGACGCCCAAGGCGGAGCAUCCGAGUCGAAAGCGCACGGUCAGCCAGUCGUCCACGUCGCUGUCCAGCGGGACGGGAAGCGGGAAAGAGGGGAGCCACAGCACCAAGGGCAACUCCUUCUCCAAACACCGAAAGGGAGAGGACAAGGGACGCAGCACACGGGACGGCAAGGAGAAAUCCUCAAAGGGCUGCGACAACCAGCUGGCGGUGCCUCCGCUCUCCGCAGACGGCUCCAGAGAUCCGAGCUCUCAGAGAUCCAAGCUGGUGUUUGAGGACAGGGUCCAUUCGGCAGAUCACUACUUACAAGAGGCCAAGAAACUUAAGCAUAAUGCAGAUGCACUGUUGGACCGCUUUGAGAAGGCAGUGUACUACCUGGACGCUGUGGUGUCCUUCAUUGAAUGUGGAAACGCUCUGGAGAGAAGCGCCCAAGAGGCCAAGUCUCCGUUCCCCAUGUACGCAGAAACAGUGGAGCUAAUCAAAUACACUAUGAAGUUAAAAAGCUACAUGGCCCCCGAUGCUACGUCAGCAGACAAGAGGCUGGCUGUGCUUUGCCUGCGGUGCCAGUCUCUUCUCUACCUGCGGUUGUUCAAGUUGAGGAAAGACAGCGCUUUAAAAUACUCCAAAACACUCACAGAACACUUAAAGAAUUCUCUGAGUAACACCCAGGCUCCCUCUCCUGGAAUGGGAAAUAAGGCAGCAGGUAUGCCCUCUCCGGUUUCUCCCAAACUAUCGCCGGGCACAGCAGGCGGCUACUCGUUGGUGAGCAGCAGCAGCAGCAGCAGCAGCACCGGCUCCUCCGUCACCAUACCUCAGCGCAUCCACCAGAUGGCCGCCAGCUACGUCCAGGUCACCUCCAACUUCCUGUACGCCACCGAGGUCUGGGACCAGGCCGAGCAGCUGUCCAAGGAGCAGAAAGACUUCUUCUUGGAGUUGGACAAAGUCAUGGGUCCUCUGAUCUUCAACACCAGCAGCAUGACAGAACUGGUGCGUUACACGCGGCAGGGCCUCCACUGGCUGCGCCUGGACGCUAAGCUAAUUCCCUAGCGGAGGACCAACCCCCCUGCUGCUUGUUACACACACACACAAACACAAACAAGAAACAAACACCUUCACCUCAGCCUCUUCAGAGCAACACGUGCGCAAAAAGACACACACACACACACACUCAUGCAAAUGCGCUGACAAGCAGACAGACAAACACAAACAGACAAACAAACAAGAUGUGCUGCACAUCAUCAGUCGACCUCUGGUCCUCACGUACACACAGAUGUGAUGAAACUCCUCAGACUCGUCUCCCAAAACACUGUGUCCAUUUUUCUACACCAGCUUGCCAAAAAAACACUGAGCAAUUUAAAAAAAAACAAAAAAAAACAGGCCACACACACCUUCGACGGAGAGGCAGCGACGGGAAUCAAGAGCUCACCGGCCGCCUGGCUUCAUGUAUCGGCAUUUUUACCGAGCCCCCUGCAGGGUUUGGGUUUCUUUUUUUUUUUUUGUUUUGUUUUAAUCUCUUUGGCACGGAAGCAUCGGGGGGGAUUAUUUAUUACGAAUACACUAAAACUUGGGGGUUUGGUUUAUAGGCUACUUCGGCUUUUUAACUUUUAUUUUCACUUUGUUUCACCAAAGUACCUCCCAUGAACACCAAAGGUGCUUUACAAAUGAAGGUUUCUCUUUAUCAUUUUUGUGCCUUGUAUGUGAGCUACAGGAAAACAGUCAUCUGUCAAUAUCUGAACAUUUUAUUUCCACUUUUUUUUAUUUCUUAUCUCAGCUGUUACCGGAAGCUGGCAACCACUAUGUUUUUAUUGCAGUCUUAAUUUUUUUAUUUAUUCAUUUUUUUUUUUUAAACUAAAUUAAAGAUGGCCGCCACAAAAAAUUGAACCACCAUCUUUCUUCACUAAGAUGAUGAUGAUGUUUGGAUCAUAAGCCCAUAAGAUUUAAGGGACUGUAGGAAGGGCUACUGUGCACAGCGGAUUAAUACUUCUGACACGUAUUUAUAAACUUUAUAUUAAUCGGUUUAUUCCUUUUUAAAUUUUCCAGAAUCAUGAACAAACGGGAUGAAAUUUAUCAGAUUUUUCUGCCUCUUCGAGUCUCUCGCUAUGAAAUGUUUUCACGCUUUUUUUUUAUCUUCGUUGCUCAUUGAGAAGUUUCCUUUCGAGAUGAAGUCAUUUCCAGACAGUGUUAAGUUUGUUUUUUUCUUUAAUCCCUUUUUGUUUUGCCCGCAGUGUGUUUUUCUAAGGACCAGCAGGGUGAGUCUUAAGUGUUUUAAGAUCUCGCCGCCAAGCGACGCUCACAAUGCAGUUAUUUAAAAAAGUUUCUGGAAACCGGGUUCAUUUGAGACGACGCAAAUUUACGGCGAAAAGGAAAGAUGUUUCUUCAUUAGUGAUUUCAGAUUAGCAGUGUUGCAAUUAUACGACAGAGUUUUAAAUCUAUAUAUCUCAAAUAAAAAAAAAACAAAGUAUAACAACUAUUAUAGAUUUUAUUUAUGCACCGAUCUUUGUUCUUUCUUUCUUCUUCUUCUUCUUUUAGCCGAGCAAAUGUCAUUUUUAAAAUUUUUUUUUUUUUUAACAGGGUCGCAACGGGGCAGUAAUAAGAUGCAAUGUAUUUGUUAUAUCUUCUUAUUUAAAUAUUAAACACAGAAUCUCGCGAGUAGAUCAGAAGUGGUGGGUUUUUAAAUGAAGACGUAUGAGGUUGUUGUUGUGGAUUUAAUUAUUUUUUAAGGCCACUUCCUUCCAAAUCAUGCUGGAAACGUAAAAGCCUGGGUCAAAUAGUAUUUCUAUAAAUUAUUAUUAUUAUUAUUAGCUGAUUUUUCUAUUAGUUGCAGCUGACGGUGGAAGAAGGUGGAAAAUUCAUCUCAAUAAAUCAACGACACAUGCAGUGCUGCUUGGCCCAGGUUUUUAUUUUUAUUUUAUUAUUAUUAUUAUUAUUAUUAUUAUUUCCUAGUGUCUCACGUGUUUCUCUCCUUUCACCGGCUCCCUGGCCUUUUAUCGGAAAGGGACACUGUUAUUUUCUCUUACGACUUGAACAAGAGAAAAUCAGAAGAGGUAUUAUUUUUAAUCUAUGCAGGAUAUUUUUUUUUACAAAAACAAAAAUCUGGAGAUAUAAAAAAAAAAAAUAAAAAUAAAAUAAAUGAAUAAAAUACAUUUUUACGCUUGGGAUUUUUUCCCCCUCCUACUUUUUUUUUUUUUUUUCUUCCCAGCCUCAGUGAGAAACCUGUUGAACUCAAGAGUCCAAUGCCUUUAGCUUUUUUGCAAUUUUUUGUGUACUGGUUUAGUAUACAUGUGUGUAUAUAGGUGUGUUUUUUUUAUAACCAAACACGAAUGGCUUGAGCCGUUUUGUACUUAAAGCUGGAGGCCACUUUUCUCAUGGGUAUUUCCUCUGUGGGUUUUGCCAGCCCAGUCAAUGUCUUCAUACACUGGUACACUUUGUAAGUACAGGUCUGCGCCGCGCAUUUCCUCCCCCGUCCUCCUCCUCCCGACACUAUCUUGUAGUUAAAUGUACAAAUUUAGAAUUAGAAUAAUUUUUAAUUGUUUGCUACUUCCUCUCGAUUAUUUAUUUUUCUGCCCCUUUGCUUCAUUUUGUUUUCUACUUUUUUUUUUUUUUUUUUAAAGAAGUUCCCUUUGUAUUAAAGGGGGAAGAUGUAAAUGUAUUGGAGUUGUUCAAGAUGAGAUUUCAUUGUAAGUAGUAAUUAAUAUUAAUUCUAACUUGAAAGAAUCCAGGGUAAGAUUUUUUUUUUUUGGGGGGACAUUCAGUAGGAAGAUGUUAACACUCGCAUGUUUCUAUUUAAAUACAAAUGUAUAAAUUGUAAAUAUAACAUUUCUUUAAGGGUGAAUUUCUACUACAGGUUGACAUUUUUAUUAAAUUUAAAGAAGCUGUAAAUAUACUUGUGAGAUACUUUAUGCACAUUUUUUUUUUUUUUUCCUCCUCCUUCCUGCCUCCGUGGGCUUUUUUUAUGUUCUUCUUUUUUCCGAGUUGUUGCAGAUGUCGUCCCUGUCUGUUAACACUGUAUAUCAGAUUGAUUUCUCCCUCCCAUCCUCUCUCAUCCUUCCUUCUUUCUUUCUUUCUUUCUUAACGUGCUCGUAUAUUUUGUCUCCUGCUUCACUGUCUCUCAGUAUCACGGUCGCCACAUAAUCAUUAACGUCUCCGGAUCCAAGUGCGAAUAUUUUUCUCCUCCUCUGUAUUUGAUAUGGAGCUGUGUACUUUUCAUGAAAUGUAUAUUGUUGAUCUCAUGGAUGGACGGAUGGACGGACGGAUGGAUGGAUGAUGGAUGGAUGGAUGGAUGGCAUGUACAGUCUGAUAUGUAAAACCAUGUCUGUUUCUUCCUCGGAGCGAGGUGUAUUUACUACGUGUCCCUUUUGAACAAUUGGUCCAACAUGUCUUUUGAAAACAGAGGGUAUUUCUCUACACGUCAAAACAGUUGUAGCAGUUUAUACAAGUAUGUUGUAUAACACCUUUUUCUAAAAAAAAAAGUCGUCUCGUUGGCGAGACCGGCAGCAUACACUAUGUAUAAUAAUCUAAAAUCGGAUUAGUUUUAAGAGAACUGAUGAUAGAGAUGCUAUAUAUGAUGGAUGCAAUAUGAUUAAAGGUACUCAUCGAGUUUGAUCUCCAAACUUAGGUUAUGUAAUUUAAAAGCAUUCUUGUGAAGUGAGUAUUAAUUGUGACUAAUGAGAGUCUGUCCUGAAUAUUCUUUGUAUUUUGCCGUAUUGAGAAUAAAAUAUAUAUGGAUAUGUUUA